AUGUCUUUAUUGUACACUAUCACGUUACCGACAUUUCCACCCGCUUUGUCUUCUUUCUCUACUUAUUUUUCCUCGUCGUCGUCUUCUUCUUCACUGUCAUUACUUAUACGAUGGCAUUGUAUAUUGGGCUGUUUAUUACUCUCUACUUCACUUUUGUUUAUGCUAAUAAAUUCAAUAUUCAGGCGUAUACCACCUUAUAAAUAUUUUAUAAUUAUAAUUCUUUAUAUCUCUGUACUAUUUAUCUCUUCAUUGCCAAUUAUUAUUAAGUCCUCAUCAAUAGAAUUGACGAGAUCCGAUCAUGAGAAAUCAUUGAGAAUGAUGAUGAUAACAACAACGACAACAGCAAAUGAUAAGCAUUCAUUUCAUACAAAUGUCAUCUAUGGAUUAAAUAAUUUUUCAUCAACGUGGUUAUUCUAUGUCUAUACAAUGGUUAAACCGAAUUGUUGUGUCAAGCAAUCUAAUGUAAAUAGUAAUUGGCAAUCUCUUUGUCUGCCCACAAAUAUUCAUUUGUUUUCAUCAAAUGAGAAUAUUGUUCAUGAUGUAACUAUUGUUUCUGAAGCAGCUUAUCGAUAUGAUAUAAUCUUAUUAACUUGUUCUUAUGGUUUAUUGUGUAUUUAUAUACUACUUCUAUUGUAUUGUUUAAGCAUUACUGAUAUUUAUGAGAUCUUUAUGUCAUGUGUUAAUAUAGAGCUGGAAUUAUAUCGACUUGGUCUAGUUGAUUAUAUCACAUUUCAUUGGAAUCGAUUAGAUGUACCACAAAUUUUAAUGUACUUUUGGUCAUUCAAACUAAUGUCAGUGAUUAUUUUGGGUCCAGUAUGCUGGGAAAUUAUUCCAACUGGUGAUGUUAAUGUUGAUGAGAUAUCAGCGAAACUAUUCAAUUCUUCUACAUUGAAUGAAUAUUCUAAUCUGGAUACUGCUAAUCAAUCAACAUUAUCUAUACUAUACACAAGAUUAUUUGUUGGUCUUUUUGUACAUGGAUCAGAAACCUGGUUGUCAGUGUGUGGAGCAGCUGCAUUUUUCGGUGCAUUAGCUACUAUUUUCGUUUCUAUAUUAGUCUUUUUAUUGGAUCCAUCCCGUACUGGAACAGCUCGAUUAGCAGUGGUAGCUGCAGAAGCUCCAGCUGAUCCGCAUACAUGGAAUGUAAUUGAUGAUCCAGCGUUAGCUUUAGAUCAAAAUGAUGUUAUUGCUAUGGAAUUACUAGCUAGUACAGGAUGGAAUUGUGCUGUUGUCUUUUUGUUCUUAGCUUUCCAAUCAGAUAUGCCUAAUCUUCCACCAGUUUAUCGUGCAUCAUGUUCUAUGUAUGGAAUUAUGGUUCUUGUGAUUGCUUGUAUCCAUCCUAUUCAAGCAUUGAUCAAGUCAUUCUUAUUACGUCUUGGGGCACCUGGUCAACAAACAAAUUGGUCCGAACAUGUACGACCAUUGUGUUUUUGUGUUGUGCUAAUUUUUGCAGCUUUCAAUAUGUUCACUUGUUUACCAAGAAUAUUAACAAAUGACAAACUGGAUUAUAUUCGUAAUAUGAAUCACAGUGAAAAUGCAUCCUAUUUAGCUGUUUUAUCACAUAUUGGCUCAUCGGAAGAAGCAAUACUUGCGAGACGACUAAGAAUAUUUCUAAGCGGUUGUCAAUUAUUAAUUAGCCUUGUAGUUACACUAAUUGAAUAUGCUAUUUAUCAAUACUCUUAUCGAUAUCCUAAUUGGACAGGAUUUCAACCAACAAUAUUUUGGACAAAAGUGAUUAGUUCAGUAAUUGAUUAUUUUAUUUCAUUAUUAUCAUUUCUAACAGUCUGUUGGUUAGUAUUCUAUGAUUCUUUUGGAGUGUGUCGUUUGUUUAUUAUUUGUUGUUAUUUCUCCUUAGUUUUAUAUCCAUCAGCGCGUAGAGCAUAUAUAUGGAUAAAAUGGCGAUUAUUAUGCACUAAACGUAUGAAUGAUUUAGUUAAUCCUAGUAAAAUACAAUUAGAACGGUAUGGUGAUACAUGUCCAAUAUGUUUUGCUGAAAUGACUAUAACUACAGCAAAAAUUACUAGAUGUGGUCAUCUUUAUCAUUCUGAAUGUCUUAUACAGUGGAUGAAACAUAAAUUAACAUGUCCUAUAUGUCAGUCAGAUUUAUUGUCGACUAGAGUGACUAAUAAACGACGAGAAGUUACAAGUGCUCGAAUGCAAGAGACUAUAGUAG